AUGACUUCCAGCUCCCUGGUAGAACAGCACACAGUGAUAGCAUCAAAUGCAUGCAGCGCCGCAUCUCUAGCUGUGGUCAAGCGCGUGGCGAUGUAUGAUUCUAGCGGCAUGGCAUUGGGUCUUUACCCUGGUCAGACAGCUGCCAAGACCCAUGACAGCUCCAAAGCUUGCCCCGCAACGACCAGAGCUCUCACAUGUAACAGCUUCGUUUACACGCUCACCUUAUCAGCCUUUUCCCUCAUUGCCCAGGACCUUGAUACGCGCCAUUGGAGAUUGAGAUGCCGCCGCUCGGUAGGUGUGAAGCUCCAGCUUGGCUUAUCGCUCGCGCCACAACGUAACGAUCGAGAUGAACCCCGCUUCAAGGAGAAGUGGAAGGACGGCAGAGAUGUAGGUGGGUUUGUUUACAUCCAGUUGUCUGUGUGCCUGGUCUGCUUCUCUCGUUCUCAUCUCUCUUCGUUGAAGCUGCCUGCAAGACUUCUCAUCAUGUCUGCCGCAACUAAAUACCAGAAAGAUUUCCAGCAAAAGGUCAAGAGCGGCGAGCAUCAAAUUCGAUAUGCUGCAAAGGUAGAUCUUGAGAAAGAUGCAGGCUCAGAGCCAUAUUUACACAACCGAUGGCAUCCCGACAUCCCGACCUAUGGGACGAUCAAGAACAACGAAACGGUCAAGAUUGAAUGCGUUGACUGGACUGGCGGACAGAUUGGCAACAAUGACUCCGCUGAUGAUAUGAGGGAUGUUGAUCUCACGAGAAUCCAUUACCUCACUGGACCUUUCGAAAUUGAGACCGCUGAACCCGGCGAUAUCCUCCUCGUCGACAUCCAAGAUGUGCAACCCCUCGAGCGCCAGCCAUGGGGCUUCACUGGUAUCUUCGCGAAAGAGAACGGCGGUGGAUUUCUAGAUGAAGUAUACCCCAAACCAGCUAAAGCAAUCUGGAACUUCGAAGGAAUCCACUGCACAACUCGCCACAUCCCCGGCGUGAAAUUCGCCGGCCUCAUCCACCCAGGCAUCCUCGGCUGCGCCCCCUCCGCCGAAGUCCUCAACACCUGGAACACCCGCGAAGGCGAACUAAUCGCCGCCUGCAAGAACCAUCCCGAGCUCGGCUCCCGCGACGUCGCAAUGCCCCCCGAGCCCAUCAACGUCCACGCCGGCGGCUCCGCCAGCGACGAGAUCAAGAAGAAAGUCGGCAACGAGGGCGCUCGCACCGUACCUGGCCGCCCUGAACAUGGAGGAAACUGCGAUAUCAAGAACCUCUCCCGCGGCUCAAAAGUCUAUCUCCCCGUCCACGUCAAAGGCGCGAAAUUCAGCGUCGGAGACUUGCACUUCUCCCAAGGCGACGGCGAAAUUUCCUUCUGCGGCGCCAUCGAAAUCGCAGGCGUCAUAACCAUUAAUUUCAAGGUCAUCAAGAACGGCAUGGCAGACCUCGGCCUCAAAUCACCCAUCUACAUCCCCGGCCCUGUCGAACCCCAAUUCGGCCCCGGUCGACACAUCUACUUUGAAGGCUUCUCCGUCGAUUCCAACGGGAAGCAGCACUACCUCGACGCAACAGUAGCCUAUCGGCAGACGUGUCUGCGGGUGAUUGAGUAUAUGAGGAGGUUUGGAUAUGAUGAUUAUCAGACGUAUUUGUUGCUGAGUUGUGCGCCGGUGCAAGGGCAUAUUGCGGGGAUUGUGGAUAUUCCCAACGCGUGUACGACUUUGGGGCUGCCGGUUGAUAUUUUUGAUUUUGAUAUUAUGCCCGGGGCGAAGAUUGAGAAGAGGGAUUUGGGGGCUUGUGCGAAGGCUAGUUCGUAG